AAAAAUGAAGGCGGUCCAAAACCCAAAAAUGAAUAUUAUAUUAUGCGGAGACAGAGUCUCUGUGUGAGACUGUGAUUGGGUUUUGGCAAUUAAAUAGCAUUGGAAGCUUCACUGCUGUUCCUUUUUAUAGUUUUUCUGUUUGGAUUGAAAGAAAAAGAAAGGAAAAAAAGAAAUUGCUCGAUCUGAUUCUAAUCGAUCUUUCAUUUCAUCAUUGAAGAUAUGGCUCACAAAGAUUACUUGAGAAUGAGAACAGAGAGGGUACCAUCAUCAAGCGACUUGGUCAACUCUGAUCUCAAAGACCUCGCAGCAGCUGCUAAAAACCUUGCCAACCACUCCAUCAAGCUUGCUAGUUUGGGCUUCGGUACCACUUUCCUUGAAUGGCUUGCCUGCUUUGCUGCUAUUUAUUUGCUGGUCUUGGACCGAACAAACUGGAAAACAAACAUUCUUACAGCACUGCUAAUCCCAUACAUUUACCUGAGUCUUCCAUCAAUACUAUUCGGCCUCUUAAACGGACAGAUUGGAAAAUGGAUUGCUUUCAUUGCUGUUGUGCUGCGGCUUUUCUUCCCUCAGCGAUUCCCAGAUUGGUUGGAAUUGCCGGGAGCGCUGAUUCUUCUUAUAGUUGUGUCUCCUAGUUUAUUUUCGAGCACAAUAAGGAACGACUGGAUCGGCGUGGUCAUAUGUCUAGUCAUUGCAUGCUAUUUGUUGCAAGAACACAUAAGGGCAUCUGGUGGUUUUAGAAAUGCCUUCACAAGAGCUCAUGGGGUAUCAAACACAGUUGGUAUAGUUCUUCUGUUUGUGUAUCCUGUUUGGGCAUUGCUAGUUGAAAUCAUUUAGAGCCACUCUUCCCAGUGGUUUUGUGUACAUUGUUUUGAGGUUUGCAAAACACAUGUAUUGUCUUUGUUUCAUUGAUUUGUUUUGUACCAUAUAGAAUUCAUUACCAUUGCUGUUGUUACCUGUGAUAAUGUGACAGUUUGGAUCAGUAAAAAUGUGAGAGACAGGAAUUCUUGUGCAAAGAACUCCGUUUUCUUUGAUGUAAAGUACAAUGUUUCUUGAGGAAUCUUGAAGGAUUCUUGUUAAGUUUCAACACUUUGUUGUAAUAAGUCAUACGGACUUUUGUUUUUCUGAUUUUGCUAGUGAUGGAAAAGCUGUUCUAUGUUAGGUCUA